AUGGCGACUUCUGCCCUCAAUCCAACCAUCAAGCGAACGACGGCACCGGCCAAAUCUUCCGAAAGUGGCGACGACUCGUCUUACUCCACGCGGAGGUCUGCCCCCAGGAGAUACCGGAGCUUGAGCCGUUUCUCCCACCGCAUGCCGGAUCUAGACGGCGAAGUGACACCCAUGAGGAAGGGGAAGUUCGUCAACACCGUGAGGGGUUCUGGAUUCCCAGAAAUUAGCCUCGAUGACUUAGCCGUCGAGUUCUUUGAUUCGUUCUCCGGCGAGAGCGGGGUUAGCAGCGGAGAAAGAGGACGAUCUGGCUCGAGGAAAUCGGGCAACAGCGAAGGAGAGCUGACUCAUUCGCAAAGGCGUGGGCGUUCUGUAUCUAGGGUUGGUAACGGUGGCUUGCGGAGGUUGGAUGCUGAUACUGAAAGCUCGAGACGGCGGAGGUCGUUGUCUAGACAGCCGUCGACGAGGGGAAAUCCCGGUAACGGUGGUGGGUCAGUGAGGGUAGAUCCGGGAAGCAACAAUUCGAGCCGACGAAGGUCCGUGUCUAGACAGCCGCGGGAUAACAGUGGUAAUGCAGCAAUUAGGGGUAGGGAAAUUGGAGCAGAUCGUGAAAACGCGAAUUCACGGCGACGACGGUCGCUCUCUGUCGUCCGUUGUCGGAUUGACAAUUCCGAGAGUGACGUAGAUCAAGUUCAGUAUUCAAGCAAUUCAACGGAGGUGAAGAGUUUCGUGGGUGGAAAGAGUCAAAAUGGUGGGUCUCAUACACCUGCUGCUUCAGAUCAUAGACAAGGUCUUAGGAGGUCUUUUAGCCAAAAUCCAAUCAAAUACCAUGAUGGCUACUCUAGCCAGUCUUCUGCAGUCACAGAUGAUGAAGGAAAGGAUUCCAGCUCGAGCAAGCAUGGAACUGAGAGGAUAAUUCGAACAGUAUAUGCCCAAAAUAAGGCGACGCCAAAGAAAAGAGAAUCUUUGGGAAACUCUGAUUAUGGUUCCCAGCGGAAAUCCCAUGACGAUCACCAUGUCUCCACAGUUAAGAAAAGUUAUGCAACAAUAUUGCAAGAGUCUGAGGAGCGCAAGCGAGAUUUGCUGGCUGAGAUUAUGUUGGAGGAGGAGCGUGGUAGAGAGAUCUCUUUGAGCUUGAAAGAAUUACUCACUGAAAAUAGUUCUGAAGCUAACGAGAAGACUUCACGGAUGCGAAAGAGGAGCAAGGACCGGAGCAGUAGGAUGUCCAUGUGUUUGACAGAUGAAGCAGAGCAAUUCAUCGAUGAAUUCAUUUCAAACAUAGAAGACACAGACUUUUCAUCAUUUGAGGAUGAGAGGAGUGAAAGUAGUUCAAGUUUCGGGUUGAUAAAAACACUAAGCUCUCAAAGCGCCUCUGCACCGAAGAGUGUUCCUGUUGAAAUGGACGGUGUUAUGCUUCCUUGGUUGCAAUGGGAAACUCCGGACGACACUUCUGUUGCACUGGCAUGCCUAAACAAGUCACCACACACUCCAAAUACGAAACCUUUUGUCUGGGAGUCGGAUCCAAUUCAGGAUGCAUCGAGUGGGCAAGGGUCGAGCAUGGGUACCAUAAGUAGCAGAGGGAGCUGGAGCCCAUAUGAGUCAGCCACAAAGCUUGUGAAUCCCAUAAGAAGACUAAAGAUAGAUGUGGGUGAGUAUCUGAAGCGACCUAACAGCUCAGAUAUUCUAAACGAAACGUGGAAGCUAAGGCACAGAAUCAGUUCGGGAAGUCUUGUGCUAUGUAGCCGCUCAUUGAUCUAA